GAGUCUGCUGAGUCACGUGAUCGCAGUGUUUCUCACCCAGCCUAUUCCGUCUCUUGGACCUACUUCACCUGACGAGGUAAACUCCAGUUAAACUGCAGUUACUGGUUAAGUAGAGCGUUUUGCGCCCGUCUGUAGUUUCUCCAACAGUGCGAAGAGGAGGAGUGGGUAACUUAGUAACGUCAUUCUUAACGUCUGUGCGAGCUCUCAUCGUCUUUGGUUCAUGUUCAUUUGAAGUACAAAUAUUUAUUUACCAACUGAGACCUGCACGAGAACAACUCACCAUCCGGGGACUUUGUAUCUCAAACAGUCAGGUCAUCUGCACAUCUCAAAAUGAACUUUCUCUUGGAGACUCUUCAGCUGUUAGUGUUAACCAUCUACUACCAUCUGGAAUCCUUCAUAAAAUUCAUCAUCCCUCAGAGGAAGAAAGAUGUGUCUGGAGAGAUCGUGCUCAUCACUGGGGCAGGCAGUGGUAUUGGCAGACUGAUGGCCCUUGAGUUUGCCACACUGGACGUCUCACUGGUGCUGUGGGACAUUAAUGUGGAUGGUUUGAAAGAAACAUCAAAGCAGGUUAAAGAAAAAGGAGCAUCAAGAGUACAUUACUAUCAGUGCGACUGCGGUGAUAGAGAAGUGGUCUACCGAGUGGCAGAACAGGUAAAAAGUGAAAUCGGCGAUGUCACCAUACUAAUAAACAAUGCUGGCAUUGUCAGUGGUAAUAAGUUCAUGGACACUCCCGAUGCAGUUGUUGAGAAGACACUCAGAGUUAAUGCAAUGUCCCACUUUUGGACAUACAAAGCAUUUAUGCCUGCCAUGACAGACAAGAACCAUGGACAUCUGGUCAGUGUUGCAAGUUCUGCAGGCUUGAUAGGUGUCAAUGGACUGGCAGAUUAUUGCGCAAGCAAGUUUGCUGCUGUGGGGUUUGCCGAGUCUGUGGCCCUUGAGCUGAUAGCUGCUGGGAAGGAUGGAGUCAAAACCACAAUCGUCUGCCCGUACUUCAUCAACACAGGCAUGUUUGAUGGCUGUGGGACAAAGUGGCCCCGAAUGCUGCCCAUAUUGGAGCCAGACUAUGUUGCUAAGAAGAUUGUCAGUGCCAUUCUGACAGACCAAGUUUACCUUUUACUUCCAAGGACAUUAUACUUAUUAAUGGCUUUAAAAGGUUUCAUCCCAUUCAAGCAAUCAGUUAUCCUGGGUAUGUACUUGGGGGCCUUCAAUUUCAUGGAUGCUUUCACAGGACGGGGAAAGAAGAGAGAGUAAAUGUAAUCUAACAGAUUUCUCAAAUGUUGACGCUCGGUAUAUUAACACUAAUGAUUUUUCAUUAUUUGUAACUACCUCUGCCAAACAGUUAUUCCAGUAUAUCAUAAUAAAAAUGGUCUAAAUUACAUACUGUUUUGAUAUUGGGGGAAGAGGCUUUUUUUAACUGAAAAUGUACUAGUUUUAAAAUGUUAGACAUAGUUAUGAUCUAAGGUUGGCCUCAUUUCAAAAGCAAAAUAUAUAUGAUAAUACCAGUAACAACAAUGUCAGAUGUACUUGUGCUAUAGAGGUACACAUGACUGAAUAAAUGUGAAAUAUUUACA